AGUGAGAGUGAGUCGAAAACAGCCAUCGAGAUAGAGAGCGCGCGAUGGUUUCGGUCAUAUUUCAUCGAUAGGACAAAUAACACACAUUAACAACACACAAGGCAAAAUUCAUACUGUCAAAAAGCAAAAUAAGGAAACAAGAAAAAAAAAUCGUGCUGUAGUUACUUGUUUUUUUUUUCUCUUCUUCCUUUUUCCCUCCGACAAAAUAGCUCUCACUGUGUGUACAGAACGAAUAAUUAGUGAAAGGAAUUUUUUUUUAUACUUCAGCUCUCUGUUGCUGCUCUAUUUUAUUGCAUUAUUCAAUGUGUGUGACUGCAUUUUUUCCUGUUUUCAUUUCCGAAACUCAAUGACUUUUUUUUUCUUUCGUUCGUUCGUUCGUUCUUUCGUUUUUCUAUUAUUAAAUUAAGAAGUAAAUCAUGAGAAAGUUCCAUUAAAGAAGCAUUUUGUUUCGUCAAUAAGCAGUAGAUAUAGAACGACAACAGAAAAAAGAAACCCCAAAGUGAGUGUCUUUGUAAUGAUGACAUAAAUUCGAAAUGUCAUCCAAAAUACACAAGUUUUCCAUUGAGUUUUCCGAGAAAAGUUUGCAGCUGUUCUGUGAAGAAAUCCAUUGAGUAUGGCCGAGAAACCGUCGUCGACCUCUUCAUUUAUGCAAAAUGGCCAAAAACAACAGCAACAGCAACAGCAGCAGCAGCAUCAACAACAUUGCUGUGAAAUUUGCGGAAAAUCUGGUUUGACCGACGACACAAUGCGAGAACACAUGAAGAUGUGUCACAUUGAUGGCAGUGCCAUUUGUCCAUUUUGCGGCAUUAGUGGCGUUGCACCCGCUGAACUUUUGCUACACGUCAAUCAGGCACAUUUAGACUAUCUCUCACCCGAAAACGAACUUAUGAGCUUCAUCGACGAUCAGAGUCCCAGCAUCGAUGGCGAUUCGGACUCAUUAUCAGAAUUUCGUGAUAUAUCACCAAUGAAAUCACCGAUCAUCGACGAAACAGCAACGAAUAUCUCGUACAAGGUCAACGGCUUUGCACAGAAUUCCAACACUUAUAGCAAUCAAUCGAUCUCGAACGUCCGUCAAAAUGGUGUGAAAGCAUCGCCGCAGCCUCUCUCUCAUUCACAGCAACAGCAAUCGCAAGCAAAUCGAAAAGAAUCGAAUGGUUUUUGUAAUGGCAAAGAGAAUCAGAAUCAAACCAAUGGUACGGAACUUUCAAAUGGAUUUCAUAGUUCACCACUUCGAUCACAAUUGGGAUUGAAUUUGAAAUCAUCAACCGCAUCCGUGAAACAGCCGAUAAAUCUCUUGACGUGCUUUCUUUGUCCAUACACAUGCGAAGAUGCGACCGUGCUUGAAGAGCAUAUAAAUCGUUUGCACUUCGAUCCGCUCAGUCCAUCGGUAAAUUUGUCACCCAGUUCCUACAUAAAUACGCUGAAUGCAUUCGCUUGCCCAAUUUGCUCACGAACAUUUGAAACGUCAACCGAUUUGGAAUUGCAUGUGAACAUCGAACAUCGUGACAUUCUCAGUCCCGGCAACAUCGAUACGAACGGCUGUGCGGCAACCGCAACCAGAGCAACGACUCAAAGUUUGUGUCCGGUUUGUGGCAUUUCCUUAGACGAUUUUAGCACCGCCGACAUGGAAUUGCAUAUUGAAAAACACUUUGCGAAAAGUCCACAGAACCACAAAAUCGAACCGGAUUUGGAGAAAGAGGCACAAAAGUUACGUGAACAACGAGAAUUCGAAUUGCUGCGUGCCCAGUAUGGGAUGGAUAAUCAAGGAAAUUUUCGUGAACAAUCGGCCGCCGCAAUGCAAAGUGCUGUGUAUGCGGGUGAAAUGAGCGUGGCUGAAUAUUAUGAACGGAAAGUCGGCUUGAGAACGGCCGAAUCACAUGGCAUCGAUGAUAAUACAUCGUGCACGAAAUCGGUGAUACCAAGAGUCGCUUCGCUAUCAGCCUCAUCGCCUGGCGUGAUGCGAACACUACUUUGUUCGAGCAUCGAUCAUUAUGCAUCCAGUUACGGUGACAAAGGAUGGGGCUGUGGAUACCGUAAUUUACAAAUGAUGCUUUCAUCGUUACUUCAGAACACAACAUAUUACACGGCAAUUUGUGCGGCGUGGGGUUCACACACACCCUCGCGCAAUGCGAUGCCGAGCAUAUCCAAAUUACAAAAAAUAGUAGAAGCUGCCUGGGCGCAAGGAUUUGAUGUACAGGGAUCAGAACAACUUGGCUGUAAAUUGUAUAAUACUCGAAAAUGGAUUGGAGCCACCGAAGUGGUAACGUUGCUCUCAUCGCUGCGAAUAAACUGUCAGUUGGUGGACUUUCAUCGACCAACUACCUCGGAUGGACGCCAUCCUGAACUGUUUGAUUGGGUGCUACGAUAUUUUGAAGAAAAAAAACAGCAACCACCGUUAUAUCUGCAACAUCAAGGUCAUUCGCGAACGAUAAUUGGAAUUGAACAACGAGCUUCUGGUUUAACACUCUUAGUACUAGAUCCAAGUCAUGGUCCACGACAAGUAGCUGCCCUGGGCUCAUCGAGAGACUCUCUGCGAUUGAUUCGUCGAAAUAUGACUGCGAUGCGGGCACAACAGUAUCAAAUUGUUGCUGUUCGCGGCUUAUUUGAAACUGACGAACAAUACCAGGCAAGUAAGAUAUUGCGUUCAUUGCGAAUUCCUCCAGAAUGAUGACCAUUGUUUAUAGCUGAAAUUCGAUUCGAAUGCACGUACUAUUUUUAAAAUGUCGAGUAGAUUCAUUAGCACGAUUAGAAUCGGUCGAUGAUUUACUCGAUGGCCCCCAUUUUUGAUUCAUUUUCAAAUUAAGCUGACGAUUAUUUUUUAAGUUGGACAAAUGAACAGAAUCUAGUCCUAUCUAGAGGGUUUUCGGUUGAAAAAUCAUAAAAUUAAUUAAGAAACGAGUUCUAUAAUUUCAGAAGCGUAGCCUUCAACGGAUUAAAAAGUGAUCACAUGUACAAAUUUCGCGCUCGCAAGUUUUUUUUAUCCUGUUUUUUUUUCAUAUCGUAAAAAAAAUUUCGUUCCGUUUUUGUUAAUUUGUUGUAUAAAAAAAGAGAGUCUAUUCCUGUUCUUUUGAUUCAGAAUAUUAAAUAUUCAUUGGUUUUAAACAGAUACGUUGUAGGUCAACUCAAUUACGAGUAUUUAGCGUUUAAAAGAACAAUUGUAGACGAGAUUCGAUGAGAGAAGAUACAAAUUGAAGUGAAGACAAAUAUUGAAUUUUAUCAAAUUACAAAGCAAUUUUUUUGGGCAUUGUUUGACCACAUAUUUUCCUCUUCAAAUUUACCUGAUUGUUUAAUGUUGUGUCAAAGUUUUUGGAGCUUGUUUUCAAUAACAACUAAAAAAAGGUGACUCAUGCUUGAAUCGCAAUGAAAAAUCGUAAUGCAUGAAAAAAUGUAAAGAAUUGAAAAUGUCAAAGUGGCCUUAACGAAAUAGUUUCUUUCUUUCGAUUGUCACACUCAUUCAGUUUAUUUUUAACUUUGUUCACGUUUUCAUUUUCUUUUUUUCCGUAAGCAAUGGACUAUGGAUUCAAUUCAAAGUGAAACAAAUAAAUUAUAAUUUCAGUUAUUCGAAGUGAAACGAAAAAGCAAACACUUCUUCUCUAUUUUCACGUUAGUCAAUUAAAAAUGAGUCUGCCUUGUUUGUUUCAAUUUGGUUCAAACGACCAAACAGAAACAUAGAAUAUUAAACAGAAUAGAAACUGAAAAUAAAAUGACAAGUUACCAUCCAGUCUCUUGGACAACUCCAGAAAAAAAAACGCCAUUCCAUGAACGAUAUAGAAAAAAAAACAGACAUUCAGUCGAUUAGCAACAACAACGGAAAAUAAACACAUACAGAACUACACAUAUUUUCAUAUUCCAAAUUUAAUAAAUGUUUCAUAAGAAAGAAAAGCCCAAAGUUCGGAAAGCAUAA